ACUUGUUAUGUGUCAUACUGUUGCAUACGAGUGAAUAGGUAGUAACGAAAAGUUUGAUGUAGCUUUUAGAAUUUAUUUCGUAUAAUACAGUAUUUUUGGUUUUAAAAGAUAUAAAGUUUCAUGAAGACAAAUUUCAAUUUGUGCAACGUAGUGUGUGAUUUCUACAAAAAUGGGUUCUAGUUCUAGUACACAAGAAGAGGAAAAUAUUUCUGGAAGUAAAGAACCCACAAAUACACCUGCUGUAUUUCCCUUAAAAACACUUACAAAGGAUAACUUUAUACCAAUGUGGUUUUCAUGGAAGAAUGACUUCCUCACAAAUAUGAAGUUGAUUGACCAAGCAGAAAAUAAUAAAGAAAAGUGGGGUAUCAUGCUCUUGAAUCGUUUGGGACCUGUUGGACAAGACAUAUACAGAACUUUUACAUUUGAUGAUAGUCAAGCAAAUGAUGAUAUAAAUGUAUUAUUUGAGAAAUUUGAUUAUUAUUGCAUAUUUGGAUGCAAAAAAAGAAUACAUAAUGAAGAUAUUGAUACAUAUGUAAAUAACUUGAAGGUAAUAGCAUCGAAAUUUACGACUAAUGUAGAUGAGAUAGUAAAGAAGAAAAUUCUGGAAGAAAUAGAUGUUGAAAAAUUUACAAACAUUGCUAAAAUCUUAAUUCCAGGAUUCUCAUUUUCAUCAAGCACAAUGUCUUUAACUAUACAAGAAAUAACACGUAUUUGGAUGAGGUAUGAAAAUAAGUUUAUAAAUAAGUAUGAAAGGUAUGAAAUAAGUUUUAUGAAAGAUAUGAAAUAAGUUUUAAAAAAGAUGAAAAAAUUGUUAAUUACACAGUUAAAAACUGUAGCAAGUGUAGUUUAGACCAUGAAAUAAAUUGCUGCAAUAAAUUUGUCCAUACAUACCCAGAUAGAAAUGCGUGAUGAUCAUCACAAUGUGACUUCAUACUAUGACUUCAAUUUGAUACUUUUUCAGAGAUCAUUACGUGAUCUCAUGAUAUGAGCACCAGAUACACACAAAUGAUGUACAAAUUAUGUUGCAAAUUCUUGACAUGAUGUUGAUUAUUAUUAUUAAAUAAGGUAUUUUUGUGACAUCAUAACAUGUCUACAUUCUGAGGCGCAUAUGAGCCCGCAUCGGUGUCUAUUC